AUGGAGUGGAUGAAGCCAACUUCAAGUGAUGAGAGCGAGAAGAAUAGCCUUUUCAGGAGCAGUUAUAAAUACCUCCCUACCCCCCCAAAUCGCUUACGCUGCAGUACUCUCGACACCUCCUCGGGUCGAGUACAUAAAUUCUUUCCACUCUCUUCCUCUCCCUCCACCUUCGCCCCCUCCGUGGACAUCCAAGGCCUUGAUAUUUGCCUGAAACACCCGCCACGCAGUAUACCAUCAGGUAAAUCUAGACAUCACUACCAGACUACUUAUGUGCAGGUUACUGCGCGCCGCGUUCGCUGCCAGAGGCAGAAAGCGGGCAUGUUGAAGCCUGUCGUCGGGGAGCCAAACAAGUAUACUGACGUAGAAACACACUCGACUACUCUGAACGAGUACACGACAGCUCUGGUGGAGCGCGUACUUGCAUGCGUGCGCGUGCAAAUGCCUCUCUGGGUGCAUUCCACCUUCAAAGGACGCAGCGUCUCUAAUCGAGACGCUCGCAAAUUCGCACCAUGGCCGCAUACAUUCGUGCGCACACACUCGCGCAUGCAAGCACAUUUGUAUCUUGAUUGGGCACAGUGUAACCAAUCACAACUAUCCAGUGCUUCAUUGGUUGGCUAUGAGCGCGCGCUUCGUAUUUACGCGGUGUAUAUGGGCGCACAAGUCUUCUUGUCGGCGGCAAAUGUGUCUUCCUGUUUUCGGCUAAGCCUUGUUGCAAAAACCAUGACAGGAAAGGAUAUUACUUGGCUCAUCCUCCUCCUUCUGACGGUGACAUCAAUUAAAGGCGAAUCCGAGCCUUUUCACGGGUUAAAAAAGCCACCAAACUAUCACGAUGACGAUGAUCAAGCCCAGUGUACACCCAUUCGUGAGCCUGUCUGCCAGGGGCUUCAAUACACCGACACACGAAUGCCAAAUUGGGUGAAAAUGACCUCCCAGGAGGAGGCGGCUAAGCGCAUGAUCGAUUACAAGUCCCUGUUGAAUAUUAACUGUUCCCACUACCUCAAACUUUUCCUCUGCACCAUCUACUUCCCAAUGUGUGCUCCAGUGCUGGAGAAGACCCCCCUUAAACCCUGUAAGCCCCUGUGCGUCCAUGUACGCAGUCGCUGUGAGCCAAUCAUGCAACAGUUCCAGUUUAGCUGGCCCGCCGAACUGGCUUGUGAUGAUCUGCCUGAGCCUCCAGACCUCUGCAUCCAACCAGACGGUUACGCUCUAGACACUCAGAAACCCAUUCUCCCGACUGCCUCCAGUAAUGUAGCAUCUCUGCAAAGGAUGUACCCCCAACUACAGGAUCUGUUCCUCAAGCGAGGCCAUGGUUCACCCAAUAUCGACUCCCUAAUCCAAGCUGCUGCAGCUGUCGCUGAUGGCUCUGCUUCUAUUGUCUCUAGCGGCUCGAGUAACGUCUGUUCUGGGGCCGAGUUCUCUGCGGCUCAUUUCUCUAACGACACAUGUUUUACCUAUUGCGGCGCUGACCUCUUCUACCGACCUGGCGAUAAGAAAUUUGCGCGUGCAUGGCUUCUCGGCUGGUCCAUUCUCUGCGUCGCCUCAUCUGCUCUCACCUUUUUUACCUUCUUUGUUGACGGUUCACGGCUGCAGUACCCGGAAAGGCCAGUUCUUUACCUCGCCGCAUGCUACUUUGUUAUUGGUGUAGGCUACAUCCUGCAGUACUCUCUCGGCCCAGAGCGCGUUACUUGUCGGUCGCUACAAACGGGCGAUUCCAAUGCUGCAGAAAUGCAGAAAUAUCUUUUAAUGGGAGGACAGGAGAGUGCUUGGUGUACUGUUGGUUUUCUUAUCUCUUACUAUUUUGGAAUGGCGAGUAACUUCUGGUGGGUAAUGCUCAGUCUUGCUUGGUAUCUUUCCACUUCAAGAAAGUGGGGCCACGAAGGCGUUGAAUCAGUCAGCAGUGUCUUUCACAUGUUUGCCUGGGCUCUACCAGCCAUUCAAGCCAUCCUCAUCCUCAUUCUCCACAAGAUCGACGCGGAUGAAUUGACCGGGACCUGCUAUACGGGUUUUCACAGCGAGACAUCACUUAUGUUCGGUGUCCUCCUGCCCCAAGCCAUCUGUCUGCUUCUCGGCCUCCUCCUUCUCAGUGUAGGCUUUGCGGCAGUUUUUCGUGUUCGUCGAAAGCUUAAAGCACCCAGUGAUAGAGAACGUGAGAGUCGACGACGCCUGGAGAAGUCUAUCGCAAAACUGGGCGUCUUUGUAGUGCUCUACACCUUCCCCAUGGCCUGUCUUCUCGCUAGCAAUCUAUACGAGUAUCUUGGACAGCCACGAUGGCGCGCUGCUUUGCGAGAACUCAAUACAGCUCGUCCACACUGUCUUUCUCCGCGUGGUGUGGCGUGGGGUCUUCCGGAAUGUCAUCCGAAGGACUCUCCCUCCUCAGAGGCAGCGAUGCUCCGAAUCUUCAUGUCCUUUGUUGUCGGUAUCACCUCGGGCAUGUGGGUGUGGGCGAACAAGAAGACCCUGAUGAGCUGGAAUCGUGCUGUCUUUCGAGGUUGUCGAAGGCGCGUGCCACCACUGCCGCAUUCACAACCCCUCCAACAGCAGCAGGCACAGCAACAGAGGUCCAAGUUUGACCGCAAUAAUACCUAUCGAACCCCUGGUUAUGGGGGACCGCUGUCAGCUGAUGCUACAGAUUUGGAUCGUCCAGCCGGUGUCUUUGCAACGGACGCCAACACGAUCUUUUCCGCUUCAGCCGUCGGUUACACCUCGAGUGGUGCGUGUCAGUCCUGUCACAUUUGCCCACCGCCACCACCAGCGCCUGCACCGACGGAUUUGACGGGUGGAGGAUAUUCCUCCACUUCGGGGCAGUCGGGUCUGGAGAUGUAUGGUGAGUGCUACAUGCAUCAGCACCUGGCUGCAGCUGCGCUGCCUCACGACCAGCGAUUUCAGCGUCACCAGGGCUUCGGAUUCCAAAGUGGUGAUGCGUCAGCUGGCAAUGGGGGAUUAGCUUCACUCAUGCAUCGACCACCGAACAGUAAUGAAUGUGUUUGA